AUGAAGCUGUUCAACUCUUUAUGGAUCAUAGGGUUAACCCUAGUCACAUUCUUGUCAUCCCCUGUGACCGCAAGAAGAGCUCUAUCCUCCCGUUCGUUGGUGACUUGCAUGGAUAACUCCAAAAUAUCCCCCACAUACUUUAACGUUACGUUUAACCCCGAUGACGGAUCCUUACAUUACCAAGUGGACUUAACCACAGAAUUGUCUUCUUAUGUCCGAGCAAGUGCCCAAGUUUAUGCUUACGGGUUCCUUAUUAUCUCCAAAGACUUGAACUUGUGUGACAUGGGUUGGAAGCAGUUUUGUCCCAUGUAUCCUGGUUCUAUGCAAAUCGAAUCCAUUGAAUAUGUCUCCAAGAAAUACAUUGAUAUGAUUCCCGGAAUAGCCUUCACCGUGCCCGACAUCGAUGCCGUAUUGAAGUUGCUGGUCUAUGACAUUAGCAGUGGUGAAAAGUUGGCUUGUGUCCAAGCAAGUUUCUCUAACGGUAAAACUGUGUCUCAAACCGGUGCCAAAUGGGCUACGGCCGUUAUCGCCGGAUUGGGACUCCUUAUUAGUGCUUUAUUAUCAACUUUUGGUAACUCUAAUGCAGCUUCUCAUAUUUCUGCUAAUGCCGUGUCGCUCUUCCUUUACUUCCAAAGUGUGGUCGUAGUGUCUAUGCAACAUGUGGAAAGAGUCCCUCCCAUUGCUUCUGCUUGGGCCGAAAACUUGGCUUGGUCAAUGGGGUUAAUUCAAGUUCUGUUUAUGCAAAAGAUCUUUAGAUGGUACGUACAAGCCACGGGGGGGAAUCCAACCACUUAUUUUCUUGGAACCUCAAAGCAAAUCUUGGUGCAAAGAUCUUUGGACUAUUUGGAUUCAUUGCAUGAGUUAGUUAGAAAUAACUAUGUGAUGCCUGCUAAAAGAGCUUUGGAUUUCUCUUUGAAAUCAAAUUCAAAUUUAAUUGUUUUAAGAGGUAUUAAACGGAUUGGUUUCAAUUCUCAUAUCGAGCCUACUUCGAUAGUGGUCACGGGGUUCACCUUCUUUGUCUUGUGUGGAUUUGUGUUGACGAUUAUCAUUGUCCUAAUCAAGAAUGCGGUCACAUUGUUGAUCAGAAUGGGUAAACUUCAACCAACAAGACUCUCACACUUUAGAACCCUGUUCACCAAUAUCUUAAAGGGUACCUUAUUAAGGUACAUUUACAUUGGGUUCACCCAAUUGGUUAUCUUAUCACUUUGGGAAUUCGUACAACAAGAUUCUCCUGCGGUAAUUGUUUUGGCAGUUCUUUUCCUUAUUCUUUCCCUUGGAAUGAUUCUGUAUGCACUUUAUAAAACCUGGCACUAUGGGAAACUCUCUAUUCAACUUUAUAAGAAUCCAGCAGCUAUUCUUUAUGGUGACUCCGGAGUUCUUUCCAAAUUCGGUUUCUGUUAUACCAUGUUCCAUGCCCUGAAAUACUGGUUUGGAAUCGUUCUUGUGGUGUAUACGUUGGCUAAGGGGAUUUUCGUUGGGUUAUUCCAAUUCUCCGGUAAGGCAUCAUCUUUGGCGUUAUUCAUUAUAGAUUUGGCUUACACCAUCUAUUUGUUUAUGAGUGCUCCUUAUUUGAACAAGGCCACCAAUAUUAUUAACUAUACCAUGUCCAUUGUGAUUACGUUAAAUUCAUUUCUUUUUAUCUUCUUCUCCGAUGUGUUUGGUCAACCAGCACCUGUGGCUUCAAUUAUGGGGUGGGUAUUUUUCAUUCUUAAUGCCGCCUUUUCCUUCUGUCUUUUGGUAUUGAUUGUGGUGUUCAUUGUGUAUUCAAUCAUCUCCAAAAACCCAGAUGCCAGAUUUGCACCUGCAAAAGAUGAUAGAGCAUCGUUCCAAAGAAUGUCGUCCAUGAGAAACCCAAGAAAGAGAGCGUCGACUUAUGCUAGUGGCACUCCAAAGGGUGCUUCCCUGGAAGAUGUUGCUAAUGAUGAACUAGCUGCCUUGGGGAUCGCUGCGCAAGACCAUACCAAGGAUUGGGAAGGUCAAAUGUAUAAGUUGAACAAUAUUUCCGAACAGUUUAUGAAUAAUGUUGAUAAUGAGGACCCUCUUCGGAACAGGAGUUACUCCAAUCUUGAUAAUGAUAGUGUGGCCAAAUUAACACCCUCAACCGAACAACAACGGGUGUUUAUGAAUGAAGACAUGAAUACAUCAUCAUCAUCUGGUGAAGAAAAGGAUGGAAGUUCCCAUGAAGUUGAAAAGGAUUUGACCAGCAAUAAACAGAGAUUAUCCAUGUUGAAAUCCAGAUGGUUAAAGUUCGGAGGAAAGGAAAAUAGCGGUAUUAACUCCGAACGUAUAGAGGAGAACACUGCUCUCACUGCUGGCAAUGAAGAAGAUCAUCCAUUAGAGGCAAACAAAUAUAAUGACACUGCUAAGGAUAGUUUUCCAGAAAUGACCACUUCCCCUCAUAAAGCAUUUGAAGAACAUAAGCGUGACAUGAGCUACAGUUCCAACAUUUCAAACAUGAGCCAGCAACCAAUGGGAACCAGGAACAUCAUCUAA